AUGCAAGAGCGCGAAAGAAUGUAUCCCACCCUCCCCGGCCACGAUCUUGAAGCACGCGCCGCCCAAACCCUCGGCAUCCUUUACGCUAGCACCAGUAUCCUUGUUCCUGUGUCAUUCUGGCUCUGCUAUGAGACUCCCUGCUGUCCGACUCUUCAAGGGCGCGUUAUCAGCGAGCUCAGAGCCGCCCGCGACCUGGUCUCCCAGCAGCAUGACUCCUCUUAUUUAAGCGGCACGCCCUUCUUGCAAUCUCUUUAUGCCGAAACCUUGAGAAAGUACGGCAUCACCAUCCCCGCCCCUCGCGUCGUAGUCCCUAUAUUUGCGCUUGAUGACAAGUAUGUCGUCCCGCAGGGCACAACUAUUAUCAUGCCAACUAAAUACAUUGGACAGUACACGCCGGGGUGGGCUUAA